GUUUGAAUAGGGAAGUUUUGCAGGGGUUACGUUUGCAGUCAGUCCGGUGUUUGCAAAUAUUGUGUGGGCUCGCGAGCGCGGCUCUGGACUCCGGCAGGAUCUGAACCCGCGGCGCCUCAUUGCACUGAGUUUGCAUGAAACUUUCCCCGCGCUGCAGGCACGGCCGCUGCGCUCCCGACUCCAGACCGCACACCUCCCUGUUGGUACAACAUCGGGGACUGUCUUUUCCAAACCGACAUGGAUGUACUCCCAAUGUGCAGCAUCUUCCAGGAACUCCAGAUUGUGCACGAGACCGGGUACUUCUCGGCGCUGCCCUCCCUGGAGGAAUAUUGGCAACAGACCUGCCUGGAGUUGGAACGUUACCUCCAGAGUGAACCCUGCUAUGUAUCAGCCUCUGAAAUCAAAUUCGACAGCCAGGAAGAUCUGUGGACCAAAAUUAUUCUAGCUCGGGAGAAAAAGGAGGAUCCGGAAGUGAAGGUUUCCUCCAGUCCCCCAGAGGAUGCCCUCAGCAGCCCCAGCUUUGGCUACAGCCUGGAGACCAACAGCUUGAACUCGGAUGUGAGCAGUGAGUCAUCUGACAGCUCUGAGGAACUCUCACCCACUUCCAAGUUUACCUCUGACCCCAUCGGCGAAGUGCUGGUCAAUUCGGGGAACCUGAGCUCCUCAGUCACCUCCACGCCCCCUUCUUCUCCAGAACUGAGCAGAGACCCUUCUCACUUGUGGGGCUGUGCGCCUGGUGAGCCGCACCCUCCAGGGAAGAUACGAAGUGGGACUUCGGGGAAGCCGGGUGACAAGGGCAGCGGGGACGCCUCCCCAGAUGGCCGGAGGAGGGUGCAUAGAUGCCACUUUAACGGCUGCAGAAAAGUUUACACCAAAAGCUCCCACUUGAAAGCACAUCAGCGCACUCACACAGGAGAAAAGCCUUACAGAUGCUCAUGGGAAGGGUGUGAGUGGCGUUUUGCAAGAAGCGAUGAGUUAACCAGACACUUCAGAAAGCACACUGGUGCCAAGCCUUUUAAAUGUUCUCACUGUGACAGGUGUUUCUCCAGGUCCGACCACCUGGCCCUGCACAUGAAGAGGCACCUCUGAGGGAGCAGAGUGUGAAUCCUGCGACUAAAACGGCUUCCAGGCUGAGAGACGGCCAUGGGAGGAGGGUGCGUGUUCCAGCCAAAGCAUGCCAUUUUGCACCCCAGCCAGUUGCCUCCAGGACCUCUCCUUGGAAGGUCUUUCGAGGGCGAAAAAAGUCAUGUCAGAAGCGGCAGAGCGCCUGUGGUGUGUGGUGUUUGGGUGGCCUGGACUCGCCACUGGUACCUAACUUCUGAGUGGUCCCUAAGCCUUUGCCGUGAGCAUGUGCACUGAGAAUGUUAAUGGUUGGGUUGACUGUAUGUGGAGGGUCUAUUAGGACUGUGUGAUGAGGCAGAGUCUUUCCUGUGCAGUGGCAAGACUGCAAGAGAGAGAAAAAUGUCGUUUGAAUGUUUUGUGUGUGAUGGGUAAACCAUGAGAUGAGAUGACCACCAAUCAUUUCCUGGGGGGAGGGGGUUGUCUGCGCCUUAGGGAAAGAAAAAACAAAAAAAAAAGAAGGGAAAACGUGGAGGGCGGGAGUGUGUGAAUGGUCAGAACCCUUCCUGGCGAGUGGGUGUGGGAGGGGGAGCCCUCCUGUGUGUGAGGAACCUUGGCGUCUGGUGCAGCUAUGAAACGUGCAAUGUGUCAAGUAGCUUGUUCUACUGGCUACAACAGCUCAUUUGUUACCCGUUGUAUAAGCUGUGUAUUUACAAAUAUAACACAAUGGUAACCUUUCCUUAUAAGACAAAAGUAAUGCAUGGUCUAGGGAACUUUCUGCUUUUCCAUUUUUAAAUCAGAACUACAAUUUUGAUUCCAGUUAUUGAGCAGCUAAGAUACAAUUUGAUGACAUCAAUGAUCCCUAGCCAUCUGGGCCUGGCAAUACACAAUUUCUCUCCCCUUCAAUUUUGUAACACUCCCCUUCCAGAAAGGUGGUGUGCAGCAUAGGAUUAUUUUUUAAAUGACUUUGAAUUUGAUGACCUUUUUGGAGAAUUUAGUGAUGCCCUUCGAGACAUCGGACACACGCUGGGUGUCAAGAAUUCGAGGGCCGGGAACUCCUGGUCUAACGUUACAUUAGACUAAGAACCUAAAAUUUUUCUCAGUUGGGUGGAUAAAACCACUAAAACUUAGAAAGUGUUUUCUCAUGCAGCUACGUUUCUCUUAUUUAUGCCUUGAGGACUAAUUUCUGGUUUUCUAGCUGUUAAUGCACUGUAGAUCUUAAUAAUGGUGCCUUAUGCAAGUGGCCCCUUAUGUGGGGGUCUCAUACAGGGGUAUGGGUGAUGCAUGCUUUAUUAAGGCUCUUUUUUCACCUGGCAUUGUACUGUAUCAAUGUAAAAUACAGAAAAAAAAAUCUCUUCAAAAGUCCUCCUUCACAAAGACAAAUAGAGAGAUGAAAACCCCUCCAAACAAAUCAGUAUUUACUCAAUAUUUUAGAUAACUUGACCGUCAGUGUUAAAGUGAAAAACACAUGGUAAUUGGAAAAUCUGACCAUUUCUGCCACUAUGAGACUUUCAUAUAGACUUUGCACAACAGUUGUAUAGAUUAUACACCGACUGUAUUUAAUAUGUAAUGUUUUCACGCAUAUUAAAGAUACAGAAAUAUAAAAAACAAUGUUAAUGUAUUUGCUUAAAAGGCACAAGUUUCACAUACCUAUCUAGCUAUCUGUUGGUAAUACAGAACGUAUAUUAAUUUUUUUUUAAGUGGGCAGAAUUCUUGUGUAUGUAUAUUUGUGUGUAUAGUAUGUAUAUGUGUGUGUGUGUAUAUAUAUACAUAUAUAUAUAAUAUAUAAAUAUUUUUUUAAGGAGAAAUUAGAUGUUUAGCUAGAAAAUUCACAGCCUGUGAAGAAAUAUUUCAAAAUGGCCAUAAAGGAGGUAAAAAUGAAAACUAUAACUUUUAUAAAGGCUUUAUCUUUAAUUUAAUGAUUUGCUACAGACUUUUGCCAUGGACUCUGUUCCAGACUGCUGACUUUGCUCAUCUGUAUUGGCAGGUCUGGAACCAGGGUACUAUUGGCUGUUCAAAAAUGGCAUGAAUGGAAUACUAGCCCACAAGUUGGUCUCAGAUACACUAUGGUUUUGAUUUUGAAUUUCAGCCUUAUUAGAAGAUCUAAGAGUCAGCUAAUUACAGGGAUUUUUUUAGAAAACUUUUUAUGCAGAUGAAGAUUUUUUUUUAGCACAUAGAUUCUUCCAAUUUUUCCAAUGAAUAAUUUCCCUGAAUUGGCACACCACAGUGUGGACAGCUGAUAUUUCAUCCAGCUGCUCGCUUGUGGGUGUGGAUCUUUUUUUUAUAUAUGUAUAUACAUAUAUAUACACAUGUGAGUCUGGCCGGGCUGGUAUUUUGUUUGAUCUUCCUGGAAAUGAGCAAUGAUGAAAGCUCGCAUAACUGGUUUUUUAUCUGUGCUGAUAAAUACACUUACCUAAAGAACUCAUUUCAUUUUGCUAAGGGGGAAAAUGCACUUUGGCAAUUCAAAAUCCAGACACUUGAUUUGCUGGAUUUUGGAAAACUCCUUUUUUGGCCCUGCUGUGCGCCUAGCCAUAACAAUUCCAUUAAGCAAGAAGGUAAACAAAAGACAAAAAGGAAAAAAAAAACCAACUUGCACUGGCUUGUCUCACUUAUGAAACACCAUGGAGUUGUUUGAUUGGGUGGGGCUGGGUGCCGUGUAUAUGCCUGUAAUUUUCAUAAUAAGCAAGUACAUAAAGAAUUACAUUCUGUUCAGGUGAUAACUGAGCCUCAAUCAAGCAGAAACUUUUUGCUUGACAUUAAAAAAAAAUUUCUAUUAGUGAAAUUUCUUUUUUUUUGAAGCACCCUGUUAUCUAAAGAAUCUUUGUAAGAUUUUUGUAAAAUUUUGUUUUACAAGAUUUUAUUUGAAAUUGUUUUUUGCAAGAUUGUUAUAUUUCUGUAUGAAUGUAUUUUUUAUUGGAAUAACAUAAAAGAAUUCUUAUCA